AUGUCUACCUCUACCCCCCUCCGCAGUCUCAACAUCAACAACAUCAAUCCCCAUGUACGCGAAGCUCAAUACGCCGUCCGUGGCGAACUCGCUACGCGAGCAGAAUCAUACAGAGCCAAACUAAAGAAAGGACACCCUCCUACUCCCCCCGAUGAAUCCCUUCCCUUCGACACAGUCAUCUCAGCCAAUAUUGGCAACCCGCAACAACUCGACCAGAAACCAAUCACUUUCUUCCGCCAAGUGCUGAGCAUUCUCGAAUACCCACCCCUCCUAGAAAAUGAGGAUGUAUUGUUAACGAGUCUGGGCUACAAGCAAGAUGUCAUUGACCGCGCGCGCUGGCUUCUGAGUGAGGUCAACAGCGUUGGCGCUUAUAGCCAGAGCCAAGGCGUGCCGGGGAUUCGCAACAGCGUUGCUACAUACAUUGAGCGAAGAGAUGGAUACCCUUCGGAUCCAGGCAACGUCUUCUUAAGUGCCGGUGCCUCGUCGGGCGUGAAUACCCUCAUGAACGUCAUCUGCGCGAAACCGGAAACCGGCAUCCUAGUACCCAUACCGCAAUAUCCUCUUUACACCGCCACGCUCGCCGUGCUGAACGCCCGCUGCGUGCCGUACUACCUCGACGAGAGCAGAGCGUGGGGUACAGACCUCUCUGCUAUCAAAUCCGCAUACCAAAAGGCGAAGGAGGAAGGCACAGAUGUUCGUGCUAUCGUCGUGAUCAACCCCGGCAACCCAACCGGCGCCAGUCUAUCUCCUGAAGACGUCCGUAGCGUGAUAGAGUUCGCGGCAGAAGAGAAGCUGGUGGUGCUGGCGGACGAGGUAUACCAAACCAACAUCUUCAUCGGCAAAUUCACCUCUUUCAAAAAGGGGCUCCGUGACCUACAGAAGGAACAACCGAAGAGGUUCGACAACGUGGAGCUCGCAUCCUUGAACAGCAUAUCGAAAGGCAUGGUGGGCGAAUGUGGGCACCGGGGUGGCUAUUUCGAGCUCGUCGGUUUCGACGACGAGGUCCAGGCGCAGAUUUACAAAUUCGUCUCCAUCAUGCUGUGCGCGCCCGUCGUGGGCCAGUGCCUCGUGGAGAUGCAGGUGAAUCCGCCAAGGGAGGGCGAUCCGAGCUAUCCACUGUACAAGCAGGAGUGGGACGGCAUCGCCCAAGGGCUGCAGAAGCGCGCGACGGCGCUCUUUGAAGCGUUCAAGGACAUGGAGGGCGUCGUCUGUCAGGAACCCCAGGGCUCCAUGUACCUCUACCCGACCAUCACCCUCCCCCCCCGCGCCCUCGCCCAGGCCGAGCGCGACCGCCGCGCCCCGGACGCCUUCUACUGCUUCCGCCUCCUCGACGCCACGGGCGUCUGCGUCGUCCCCGGUUCCGGCUUCGGGCAAAGGGAGGGCACGUUGCAUUUCCGGACGACGUUUUUGGCGCCGGGCACGGAGUGGGUGGGCCGGAUCCGCGCGUUCCAUGAGGGGUUUAUGGAUGAGUUUCGGGGGUGA